GCAAUGUCCCGGAUAUUGAGAGCGCCGGAAGAGAAGCAGGUGUCUUCCUUGGCCAUCUUGUGGUUGUCCACCGUGAGCCGUUCGCGCGAAGCCUCGAAGAAUCGGAGGAGAAUCCCGUUGUUGGGGCGCCAUCAUGCCGGGGCAUCUGCAAGAAGGCUUCGGCUGCGUCGUUACCAAUCGGUUCGACCAGCUAUUGGACGAUGAAUCCGACCCCUUCGAGAUAUUAAAGGCGGCCGAGAACAAGAAGAAAGAAGCGGCCGCGUCAGGCGGCUCGAAGACGGCAGCUCAAGCCGCCAAACAGCCGAAGAAAGAGUCCCAGAAAGACAGGAAAAAUUCAGCGCAGGACAAGAAAGAAGACACCCAGGCCCCCGUGCCGCUU